CAAACAAGGAUGUAGAGGAUUGACAACUACAGCUGACAUUCAUACAGAGAACAAGAUAAUAAUAUGUUGAGGUUAUGAAUGAGGAAAGAGACGCACAGCCAAAGAUGUUUUUGUUCCUGUCCCUGCUGAUCUUCUGUGUGCCACUAGAAGGCGAUAGCUCACCAAUCACCUGCUACAACGACCAAGGGAAUGCUGUUGAUUGGUUUUAUAUGUACAAGCUGCCUAAAGAACACGGUGAAAAAUCCCCCCAUCAGGGUGAGAUGUAUUUACUGCUGGACAAAGGGAGUGAAGGAUGGACUAAUGGGAAGGGGACAGUGAACGACACCACGGCAGCUCUGGGCCGGACGGUGGGACAGCUGUACGCACAAGGAAAGAAAACAGAGGUAGCAUACAUCCUGUACAAUGACCAGAAGCCAUCUGAGGACUUUGGUGACAGAUGGGUUGACAACAGUGGAAGCAAAGGGGGGCACACAAAAGGUGUUGUCCUUCUGGAUAAAACGCAGGGCUUCUGGUUGGUUCACAGCACCCCUCAGUUCCCUCCUGUGCGACAGGCGGGGCAGUAUUCUUACCCCAGCACCGGUGUGCCCAACGGACAAAACUUCAUCUGCGUUACCUACCCGCUUGAACGCUUCCAGACCAUCGGAGAGCAGCUUCAGAUCAAUCAGCCUAAUGUGUACGACUGUGAGGUGCCCGAGUCCUUGGCGGCCCUGGUGCCCGCACUGGCUGCUGUCUGUGCGAAGAAAAGUAUGUCUGGCCACAUCUCUCCACACAUCAAACCUGUGUCCAACCGCAGCGUGACUCUGACCUCAAAGGAGGGCACCAACUUCAUCAGCUUUGCCAAAGGAGCUUCUUUUGACAAUGACCUGUACCACUCCUGGGUGGCCCCCAGCCUCCAGUCAGACCUCCUGGUCCAGUUCUGGAUCCGCUCCACAGGCAUCCUCCCAUCCGACUGCUCUCAGGGCUGGAAAGUUCUGGACAUCACCAGCAUCCACCCGGGGCAGUCGUUCACCUUCAAGACGAGCCAGGACCAUUCCAAGUGGGCCGUCAGCCCCAAGGCGGCCGGGUCGGGGUCUGGAGGAGGCUGGGUCUGUGUGGGAGACAUAAACCGGAACCAUGCCGAGGAGAAACGAGGCGGUGGAACGGUGUGUCUGCAGGACCCGGUGGUGUGGAAGGCUUACCGUACCGCAGCGCUGGAGUGUCAGGCUUGUGGAGGAGGAACGAUCCAGUGCUGACACGCUGCUGGAGCCUGAUGGUUUAACUUGGCAUCAUUUAUGUGACUUUUUUGCACAUAUUUGGUCCAAUGUAUAUACUGAAAUUGAACUGAAAUCAUGCAUAUUUAGCAUCUUAACCCUCUGAAAUCUUGGGCUAUUUUGUCCUUUAAAAAAUCUAUACCAUGCCAUGUUGGUAUCAGUUUUUGCAGCGUUACCUCACCUAUAUGUCCUGAUAAUUAAUGUUUAACUUUGACUUGUUGAACCCAAAAGAAACAAAGGAAAACAUAAAAUCUGAUCUUGAAAACUAUUUCAAUACACAGAAUUUUAAAUGUUGCAAUUAUGAAUACAGGUUGCAAAUAUUACAUGUAACAGGUAAAAUGAGGAUAACUGUAGUUCUAUAUUUUUAUCCUAAAUAUAUUUGACAUUAUCUCCGGUUUUACUUGGCCGAAUAUCAUCCAAAAAAAUCUGGCAUGAAGUUUCAAUCCAAAACUUUAGAGGGCAAGGCUUGACGUUGCUUCACGUCAUGAAGAAGUCAUGUGCCGGUGCUUUCAUGGACUCUAGAGGGUUAAAUUAAUUAUAUUUUCUACAAUUUUUUGUGAUUGUUUUGAGACAUCGCAAUCAUUUUCUUCGAUGUUCCCUGUGGAGUUUUUUUUAAUUAAUGUGUUUUGAGAAUUCUGCAUGUGUGGGUAUAUGAGGACUCAUGAGCAGGUGGAUGAUGCAAUACACAUCCCAGCCAAUGAAUUUAAAUAGGUUGCUUUAAAGCUCCUGAAAUCUAAGCUCCAAAUCUUACAGCUGGAGUGUGGGACUUUUACAUAUAAAUGAACGUCUGUUUAAUUCAAGCCUUCGCCAAACGAGUGCACACAAUGCUAAUUAAGCUUAUCUCUGCCAGGGGAAGCUCUCUGUGUUUGUUCAGUAUACUGGAGUCGUGGUAUCUGUGGCGACAUUCAAGUGCUGGUAUACUUACUUACUGCUCUUGGACAGGUCGGCAUUUGUAAAAAAAAAAAAAAAAAAGAAAAUACUAAUGCAGUGCCUGUUCAAAAUGUGCCUGUUUGUAAUAAUUUGCAUUAUUAUUAAGAGAGCACUCCUGUGGGCUAGGUUUGUGUAAUUACUCUCAAAAAUUCCCCACAGCAGGUUUCAGCCUUUCUCUAGAACAUUAAAUAUUCAUGAAGAAUAGUAAACAAACAAACCCUUUUCUAAAUAUUAUCUAAAGAUUGUUUUUAAUGUGUUGGUCUGGUUUGAUCACAUUUGUUUGACGGUUAUCAAACAACAACUCUCAGCAGAUUCUGAUUCAAAUGCUGCUAAAUCUUGAAUGGUGCAUUUAAGUAUGUGAUGUCACAUUUUCCUACCGAUUCCUGCCCAUUUCAAGAUAUAGUUAGAAGAGCAACAAUACAGAAAUCUCUUAAGUUAAUAACUUAAACUUAAACCUAAUAUAUGUAUAAAAAAUGUUCUUCUUCUUUUCUCUUCUCCUCUUCUUUUCUUCUUUAACAUAUAUCACUCCUUUAGCGAUUACAGUUGGCUCUUAAAGUCAUGUACUUACUUGAUUCCUGUGGUCUAAGGCUAGUACCCUCAGGUUGAAUCACUUAUUUUAAGUCGCUUUGGACAAAAGCCUCAGCUAAAAGACAUGUAAUGUAAAACUGAUCCAACUUUGGCCUAGAGUACUGUGUUCAUGUGGGCCCCCAUUACUUACAGUAAGAGGCUGAUUGAGGAAAUAUGUUUUUGAGGCCUUUAAGGCACACUUUUUUUUUUUACUUGUUCAUUUACUUGUUCAGAAUGAUUAUCAAGGGCUAUCAAGGGCUAUUAAGGGCUGUUACAGUCUCCUCUUCAAACUAAAUGCAUACAGAUCAAUGCUGGAGGAGAACAAGUAGUCAAAUCUGACAUAAAGCAGAGGGUUUUAUGGGAAAUAUGGUGUUCAUUUGAAAAGUGCCACUUUAUAUGAAAGCAUCUGUUCAAGUGUCUUUGUAACCGCUGGGUGCUUUUUUUUUUUUUUGAAAAUGUUGCAAACUGUAUGUAAGUGCUGCUUGAUAACUUGGACUCUUUCUGUUUAAAUCAACAUAAGCUGGUUUGUGUCGUUAUCUCACUCGUGUGAAGCGUUGCUGGAUGAAAAUGAUUUUUUAUGAAACUUUAAACUUUUAAAUUUAUGGACAAUGUGGGAUUAAUUGCACUAUUUAACAUUCAGCAUGCGUUUCACUGACAGAAUUAAACUACAGACACUUCAGGUGUGAGGAAUGCUUUAAUACUUUGUGUUUCAUGAGUGCUUGUUAUUAACUGGACUGGUAUGAAUGUUUAUUAAUGUCUAAUGUGCUUUUCUGACAUAUGCAGUACGCAUUACUCGGUUUUUUUUAGAAUUAAUAGUUAUAUCACGUUUCCACAUGCAUUCCUUGAUUUUGCUUGAAGAUGCUGGCUAUCUUGAAUCUCAAUAAAAAGACUAAAGCAGA